AUGUCAUACGAACGUCCAACAUUUGUUUUAAAUCCUUCAACAGGUUUACCACCACAAGCCAUGUAUGGACAUCAUCAUCCACCGCAACAAUCUCCUAUCAUGUUAGCCUAUGCUCCCCAUCCAAUGAUGAUGCAACCACCGCCACCACCACAUCAUCUUGCUCAUCCACACCCACACCCGCAUCCGCAUCAUCCAUCGGCUCUUUCUCCUCAUAUGAUGAGCGCCUAUACUAUUCCUAAUCCUCCGUUACAACAAGUUCCACCCCCUCAAGUUCAAACUCAACCUAAAAGAUCUGGGUUUUGUAAAUUCUUUAAUGCCGGAAAGGGCUUUGGUUUCAUUCAAGAUGAUAAUCCUGCUGAACUUCCUACUAUGGAUGGUGAUCCAGGAACAGAUAUUUUUGUACAUUAUUCUUGUAUCACAAGAUGUGAUGCUGGAUUUAAAUCUUUAUUAGAUGGUGAAAAGGUAGAAUAUGUUUUAGGAAGAUCGAAUAAAGGUUUAGCUGCUUUAGAUAUUACGGGACCAGGUGGAGCACCUGUUAAAGGUGCUUCUAGCAAUCCAUCAGCUAGAUCUCCAUCUAUUUUGAAGAAUCAACAACAGCAGCAACAAUAUAUGCCAGCUCAACAAUUACAUCAGUCAAUUCCUCAAUCAAUUCCUCAAUCAAUUCCUCAAUCAAUCCCUAGUCCUUUCUUAAACUGUCCUAUGGUUGUACCACCGAAUAACAAUUUAGCUGUCGCAAGAUCAACAAGAACCACACCGAGUGUAUCUCCAUCACUCGAACACAGCAAUUUAAUUCAACCAAUGUCAACAUGGAUCCCGAAUUCAACUACACCAAAUCGAUCACCUCAAACAAAUGUUAGUCCAACCUUUGGUAUAAACUUAGGAGCAGUAGGUACGAAAUCGAUGAGAAGAGAAGCUACCGAAUCAUCAUUUUUAGGAGUUAAUAAUCUAACCACUAAAAUGUUGAGAGUUUCUUCUACUCCUAUACCAUCUGGUUUAGGUAUAGGUGUAGUUUGGGAAUCAUCAAAUCAUCAUAAUCCUAGAUCUAGAAAUCAUUCUCCUAUACCUACUACCACAAUUUGGUCACCUCCAGGUGGUAGAAGAACUUCUUUACAAAAAGAUUCUAAUAUGCAUUUUCCUACUCGUAGAUCUGGUGAAGUUGAUCGUACUCAAUCUAAUUGGAGAGAUUCUCCUAAAUUAUCAUCUUCUGCUUCUGGUCUAAUUUCUCCCAAUUUAAAUAUUGAACUUUCCCCUAUUUUACCUCAAGAUCUUUUAUCUGAUGAAAAUGUAUCGGUGUCUUAA